CCUUUAUUCACUGUACAAGAAUCUCAUGUUAAAUAUGUUCAAGUAAACAAAUAUGUCAUGGUUACAGGAGUCUAUCCAUCGCAUAUAGGCUUUAAGGGCAUCGUGGCAUAACCGUCGAGGCGAAGUCAGGACCUAAAAAGAUCGAAUGAAACGAUACAUAGACAAGUAAAUCCCUUAUGAAUUCUAAGGUACUCCUUUAAUUUUUAAUUUAAGUUUAAGGGGAUUCAUCAUUCGAAGGGAAGUAGACUACUCAAUAAUAUUUCAUUUAUGUCGUAAUUGAAUAAAUAAUUUAAAAAAUCUAAAUAAUUAGGAAGAAUGAAUCAUCAAGAAAAUUAAUAAGAAGGCAUACCUAUAUCUAUUGGAGUGAAAUAAUGGAGUUACUUAAAUUUCACUCAACGAUGGGAUGUGAGGAAAAUAGCAAUAUGUUCCAUUUAAAGAUGCCUUAUAAGUCUAAUAAAUUAAUUAAUUUAAUUGAUAUUUUUAAUAUGCUAAUAACAGAUAGCACACAUAUACAAUUAAUAUUAAUAUGUAGGCUCAUAAUUGAUUUAUAUAAUUCCAAAAACUCCAUGAACAAAACAAAAGAAAUUCUGAAGCAAAAUGUUAGCUGUACAAAGUACAGCUAACAAUAAGUGAAUGAUAAAGCUAAAUGUUCUUAAUUGCAAAGCAGAAAUGGAAAAGGGGCUAUAAUUGAAGAAUGCUACUGUGAGAAAUCUGAACACAAGAGAAUGACCAAUAGUAAUAACUAAAAACGGUGACCAACAUUUAAAAAAAAACAACAUGCUUCAAAUUGACAAGUGAUUUUUCUAUAAAUAGCUCUAGCAAGAGUUAUUUUCCCUAUUCUGCCCAUGCCCCAAAUUCCUACCACCAGAAAAUCAUUAGACCCCAAACAUAAUCACAUUUCUAUUUCUUGCAUGCGAGCAUCUAUUCCAACCAGAUUUUCAGUAUCACUAAUGGAUGUACUUAACAAUUUAUUCAAAAUAUCUGUAAUGAUUUCCUUGAUUAGUUGAGGCUCAUUCCUGCCAUAGUUGAAGCAUAAACACAUAAUAAGUCUAAUUAUUCAUAAAAGGAUAAUAAAAAUAAAGGAAAUAAGAGAUGUGUGAAGACGUAGUCAGUCUUAAAUCUACCCUUAAAGAAGUGUAUUAAAAAAGUUCUAAAUUCUAUGUACCUGGUCCUUCAAUCAUGUAACAUAUGCAAUAUUCUUUUAUCCACUAUGUUGUAAAAAGUAAUAGAUGAAUUAGCAAGAGCAUUUAAAUUGGCAAUGUUAAAAAUCAAAGAAUAUUAAUAAGAGUGAAAAAGGCUUUAGAAAAUCACUUAUUUCUUGAAUCCCAACCGGAUAAAUUUGCAACUUGAGUGAGAGCAUCCUUCCAAUUCUGCACCCUUUCCAUGUUCUUUGAGUUCUCUUCAUGUUUAGCCAAUGCUUCUCCAAAUAUACCCCUCUGUCUUCUCACAUCCGAGGGAUCCACAUUGUAGAAAAUUGGGAGAACCCUCUGUCUCCUGCUUUUCAUGCACUCUACUAUCUUCACCAACUCCUCUAAACACCAUCUAGAGGAUGCAUAAUUUUUCGAGAAAAUAACUAUUGAAAACUCCAUGUUUUCGAUAGCUGCAACAAGGGCAGGAGAUAUGACUUGGCCUCUCUCAAGCUUGUCAUCAUCCACGAAAGUGUUGAUUCCUUUCUGGUACAAGGCGUGAUAGAGAUGGGCAGUGAAGUUAUUGCGGGUGUCUUCUCCUCUGAAGCUAAGGAACACAUCAUAGUGCCUUUGAGAAGAAGAAGCAGCAGCAGCAGCAGCUGAAGCCAUUCCUGAGCAGUAGAGAGAUGAAGUUUGAGCUUCUUGAAAAGUUAAAUACUAUAAAAGUUAGUUGCUCUCAACACCUCAUUGAAAUUCCAGACAUGAUAGUUACUGCGCCCAAUCUGGAGAAACUGAUUCUUGAUGGUUGUUCAAGUUUGCUUGAGGUUCACCCAUCUAUUGGAAAGCUGAACAAGCUUAUUUUAUUGAAUUUGAAAAAUUGCAAAAAGCUUAUUUGUUUUCCCAGCAUCAUCGACAUGAAAGCGCUUGAAAUUCUCAAUUUCUCUGGCUGCUCAGGGCUCAAGAAGUUUCCAAAUAUUCAAGGUAACAUGGAAAAUUUAUUGGAGCUUUAUUUAGCUUCAACUGCUAUUGAGGAACUUCCCUCCUCAAUUGGGCAUCUCACUGGACUUGUUUUAUUGGAUCUGAAAUGGUGCAAAAAUCUUAAGAGUCUUUCGACAGGUAUUUGUAAGUUGAAAUCCCUUGAAAAUCUCUCUCUUUCUGGAUGUUCAAAACUUGAAAGUUUUCCGGAAGUGAUGGAGAAUAUGGACAAUUUGAAAGAGCUUCUUUUAGAUGGGACACCUAUCGAAGUGCUACCCUCGUCAAUUGAACGUCUCAAAGGCCUCGUUUUAUUGAAUCUGAGGAAAUGCAAAAACCUUGUGAGUCUUUCAAACGGCAUGUGUAAUUUGACAUCUCUUGAAACACUCAUUGUCUCCGGUUGUUUACAAUUAAACAAUUUGCCGAGGAACCUCGGGAGCCUGCAACGUCUAGCACAGCUCCAUGCAGAUGGAACUGCUAUAGCACAACCUCCUGACUCGAUUGUUCUUUUGAGAAACCUGAAAGUAUUGAUCUAUCCUGGAUGUAAAAUAUUAGCACCUACCUCAUUGGGUUCGCUCUUUUCAUUCUGGUUAUUGCAUGGAAACAGUUCAAACGGGAUUGGUUUGCGCUUGCCUACUAGUUUUUCUAGUUUCAGGUCCUUAUCAAAUUUAGACCUAAGUGACUGCAAACUAAUAGAAGGAGCAAUCCCCAAUGGUAUUUGCUCCUUAAUCUCAUUGAAGAAAUUAGAUCUAAGCAGAAACAAUUUUCUAAGCAUACCUGCUGGCAUCAGUGAACUUACAAACCUAAAAGACCUACGACUGGGGCAGUGCCAGAGUCUCACAGGAAUUCCGGAGCUUCCAUCGAGUAUCAGAGACAUAGAUGCACACAAUUGCACAGCUCUUUUACCAGGCUCAUCAAGUGUAAGCACAUUGCAAGGGCUACAGUUCCUAUUCUAUAAUUGCUCCAAUCCAGUUGAAGACCAAUCCAGUGAUGAUAAGAGGACAGAAUUACAAAUAUUUCCACAUAUUUAUGCGUCUUCCACUGCCGCUGAUUCCUCUGUGACUACUUCACCUGUUAUGAUGCAGAAAUUGCUUGAAAAUAUUGCAUUUAGUAUUGUUUUUCCUGGCACUGGGAUUCCUGAGUGGAUCUGGCAUCAGAAUGUGGGAUCUUCUAUAAAAAUUCAGCUACCUACAGAUUGGUAUAGUGAUGACUUCUUGGGAUUUGCUCUCUGCUCUGUUCUUGAACAUCUUCCUGAGAGAAUUAUAUGCCAUUUGAAUUCUGAUGUUUUUAAUUAUGGGGACUUGAAAGACUUCGGCCAUGAUUUCCAUUGGACAGGCAACAUUGUUGGGUCAGAACAAGUCUGGCUGGGUUAUCAACCAUGUUCCCAGUUGAGGUUGUUUCAAUUCAAUGACCCCAAUGAGUGGAAUCACAUUGAGAUUUCUUUUGAAGCAGCCCACAGAUUCAACUCAAGUGCAUCCAAUGUGGUGAAGAAGUGUGGCGUAUGUCUUAUAUAUGCAGAAGAUCUUGAAGGAAUCCAUCCACAAAAUAGAAAACAGCUUAAGAGUAGGGGAUGUAGUGUAGUUGAGAGAAGCAGUGACAGAGCAGGACUCAAUCGAAGUGGAAUGGACUCUAGUUCUAGUGGCAGCAGUGAGGGACCCACGCUCAAGCUCAAGCGCAAACGUCCUCAAGAAUGACUACCAUCAUCCAGAGGCCAGAAUCAGAAUUUCCAUGGAGGGAGAUAAUUUUCUUGCUUUCUACAGAGCAACUCCUUUGCAAAUGCGGUGGUUCCACGAGCUCGGAAUCGAAUCUUGCUUUCUUAUGAAUUGAUUUUUCAUGAUGUUCAAAAACUUGGAGAAUGAAGAGUCUCUAAUUCAUCUACUCUCUAUGAAGAUGACUUUAUAAGCUUGUUUACUACUGAUUUAAUUUGAGAAAUUCAUUCAGCUUUAUUGGCUGUAGCCACAUUUUAC